AUGGCAGCCGCUGAGGUCCCUGUCUCUUCUGAACACUUCACCCAAAUCAAAGAGCAGAAGUUGAAACCUGGAGACCCGGAAAAGGAGGAGGGUGGGGUACAAAGAAUGGAAGCCCAGGAGGGUACUGUCGAGGUGGAGGCCGAGCCCUGCCAGCUUCAGGGUGCCGGGCCCCAGAAAGAUCAGCCUGAGCUGCCUUUGUGGGUCCCGGUGGAGACUGACAGGCGGAUCCUGACCCUGCAGGCUGUGCACCUGACCUCCCAGGAAGUGCACCUCCAGGGGCUGGGAUGGCUGAGUGUGCCACACUCGGAGGAGUUUCCAGUGAUGGUGCCACAGGCAGAAAGCUUACUGACAUUGCCUUCUGUGCUGUGGCUGGAACAAGAGCCCCAACCCAGCCUUCAGCACUGUGUGGCCAUCAGCAUCCCAGAAGCGCUGUUCCCACCUGAGGAGGUGGAGCUGAUGCAUUUUCACCUGCUGCGGGACAGCGCGCCGGUGGCUGAGGAGGACCGAGAAUUGACGCCAAACUUGGGUGAAAGCACAGCCCUGACCAAGUUUGAAGACAAUGAGAAGGACCAACUGUUGCCAGAGGGAGGCCCAGAUGAGAAAGGAGAAGAAAGAUUCCUGUUUGUGGAAAUGACACCAGAAGAUGAAGGAAAAGAUGAACUCGUUGUGACCAUUUCCCACCUCAGCCUAGAAGAUCAGCAAGAUCAGCCAGCACCGAAGCAGACAAGUGUGCCAAAAGCUGAGACCACAGAACCUCCGCAGAAGGCCAAGGGAAAACCCCGAACCUUCCACUGUGAAGCCUGCCAAUUCACGUCGUCCAAAUUCUCAACUUUUACUCGUCACAUGAAAAUUCACAGCGACGAGAGACCUCACCGGUGCCACCUGUGCCUGAAGGCUUUCCGCACCGUCACCCUCCUCCGGAACCAUGUCAAUACCCACACAGGAACCAGGCCCUACAAGUGUGGGGACUGUGACAUGGCAUUUGUCACCAGCGGAGAACUGGUCCGGCACAGGCGUUACAAACACACUCACGAGAAGCCCUUCAGGUGCUCCAUGUGCAAGUAUGCCAGUGUCGAGGCAAGCAAGCUGAAGCGCCACAUCCGCUCACACACGGGCGAGCGUCCCUUCCAAUGCUGCCAGUGUGUUUAUGCCAGCAAGGACGCCUACAAGCUGAAGCGCCAUAUGCGGACCCACUCAGGUGAGAAGCCUUAUGAAUGCCCCACCUGCCAUGCCCGGUUCACACAGAGUGGGACCAUGAAAAUCCACGUGGCACAGAAGCACGGAGAGAACGUGCCCAAACACGAGUGUCCCCACUGUGCUACCAUCAUUGCAAGGAAGAGCGACCUGCGUGUCCAUCUGCGCAAUCUGCACACCCAUAGCCCCGUGGAGGUCAAGUGCCGAUACUGCCCCGCCGGCUUCCACGAGCGCUAUGCCCUCAUUCAGCACCAGAGGACCCAUAAGAAUGAGAAGAAGUUCAAGUGCAAGCAGUGUGAUUACGCCUGCAAGCAGGAGCGGUACUUGACGGCGCACGUGCGCACGCACACGGGAGAGAAGCCUUUCUCCUGUCCCGACUGCAACAAACACUUCAGACAGAAGCAGCUGCUCACUGUGCACCUGAGGAAGUACCACGAUCCGAGCUUCGUCCCCGUUGUUCAUCUGUGCCUCAAGUGUGGCAAAAGCUUUUCCCGCUGGAGUAACCUACAGAGACAUAGGAAGAAGUGUGACCCGGCGCAUGAGAAGUUGGCCACCUCCAAAAAGGGAAAACCAGAGCCGAGGAAGCAGGCCGUAGAGGAAGGACCGGCAUGGGACAAUGAUCCUGCUGACCAGGAGAACGAUGCCUCGAAGUGCCCUGGGGAGCUGACUCUGAGCCACGGUGGCGAAAACGCAGCCAGGAGCGAGAGCCUGGAUGAGGGCCUGACCUGCGAGAUGAUCUUUGACAUGAUGGAUAAGUGACAGGCUGCUCCGUGCUGUGGCCUCUAGAGAAGAAACAAGUUAGAAACAAGGUCACCAUGGUGAUAGCCAUGUUCCCAGAGUUUGAUGUAGUAUGUAGAAAUGUUUGAAGAAAAAAAAACUGCAACUUUUUCCUGAAAACAAGAGUCAGAGCUUGGAGUGAAGGGCACACCUCAGCCCCAUGGGCUCACUCUCUAGUGAUGGCAGGGUGGCCCACCAUACGCCAGGGACAGUUUUUAGGAAAUACUUAUUUCCACAGGAGCUCAGCCCAGCCAGCAUGUUGGCGGUUUGAAGAGGGAAUCUUUUGCGUUGUUUGUCUAUCCUUGAUAUUUCUGGCACUAUGAUUUCUAAACACUGAGGAUGAAUUGUAUACCUUUUUUAUACCGAUGAAUUUUCCAUAAUGUUUAAAACUACCAAGAUGCUUUUAAUGAAUUUUAAAUUCAACCCAAAGAUCUUAAUACUAUAAAAAGAUGGAGUAGUAGAAAUCAGUCAGUAGCCCACUUGAUUAGACAAAAUAAUAUAUAUAUAUAUAUAUAUAUAUAUAUUAUAUAUAAUAGAUUUUACUUUGACAUUGAGCAAGUCUCACCUUCAGAUGUUUGCCCCCCACCCUGCUUUUAUAGACUUGUGGAUUGAACCCAGGACCUGGAACAAGCUAGGCAAGUACUCCACCACCAAGCUACACCCCCAGCCACACUGAGCUGCACAUCCUCUUCCUCAGUCUUUGGUAGCCAGAAGGCCCGGCCUUUGCCGCCAGGCCCGGCUUGCAUUUUCUUUUAAUCCCGUUCCUUGCCAGCUGUGAAAUUGCGCUGGGGUUGUUAAUAACAUUAUUUUUAUUCUUAGCCAGGUAUGACAGUGUGCACCUGUCUUCCCGGCACUCAGAAGGUAGAGGCAGGAGGAGGGUGACUUUAAGGUUAUCCUCAGCUACAUAUCAAACUCCAGGCCAGCCUGGGCUACAUGAGAUUCUCUCUCAAAAAACAGAUGUAGAUCCUUUUGUUUUGCUAGAAGUCUUUUAUUUACAUUUUUAAAUGAUUGGCUGUGAGAAGAAAUCUGAUAAUGAAAUGUGUAUUUGUGAAGAAUUUGAACUUCUUGUAAUUCUCACCAGUUAGGGAGAGUAUCUGUUUCCAGCCCUCACUCUGGCCCUCGGUGUCUGAGGCCCUCGGUGUCUGUCUGGGGUCUUUCUGUUCAGGAUCUGCAGCAGCCGGGCCUUAUCUUUGUCUAGUGUUCUUCUGCUGUGGAGCCCCACACUGCCACAUCUCCAAAUCACCCAUAGGCCCCAAGUCCAAAUUCUUAAAAUGUUGAUCUGUUCAAAACAUCCCACAUGUGGUCACAGGAGCAGUCCCCAGCAGUGGGGCCACUUUGUCCUCUGGCCGCCUCAAAUGGAUUCCGCUGAUACGUGACACGCAACAAGAUUUAAACUCUGUAGUCUGCUGUAUGCUGUCAUUGUGACUCAAGGUUUAUAGUUUCUUAUU